AUGGUAUUGGAUCUAUCGUCUCUACCUCGGAAUCAGUACUCGAUCAGCGUGUUUGACAUGCUGAGUCUUGUUGCAUAUCCUCACACAUUUCAAAGUCCGUUCGCUUUCCUCAUCUGUCUAAAGAUGCGAUGUGGUCUUGGUCGGAGACUUCCUCAAUUCCAUUUCGAUUCAGUCCCGGCAUGUCGGCGACAAUACGGGAACCAGCAUCAUCCCUUACUCUCAGUAGGCUUCUCCUACACCAAACCUGUCAUAACAAACUGCACACAGACAAAAUCCUCUGCUUGCCGUAGUCAGGAAACAAGGCUUCACAAAAUUCGUCUUUCACUCUCAGUCAAUUCGACAAGUAGCCUUGUCGUGAGGUUGUAUGCAAGUGGAACUGCCGUCAUCCCAUCUCUCACCAUUUCACAUCCAAGCGACAAAGAAAUAAGCGACAGAGUACAGACUAUCCAGAGUAUCUGGUACCUCGUAAUGAAAUACUCCAUACUCCGUAUUGCUAUGAGUACUGUACUUCGUGCAUGUCAGUAUGCCCCACGGCAUUGUUUGCAUCCUUUGCAAGUUCAAGGGAACCCUGGCAUCCGGGAUCCCUAA